AUGGCGCCGGAAUCGUCAGAUCCUGAGUCAGGAGUUCUCCUUGAAUAUCGUGUUGAAGGACUAAGGCCUGCUACCGCUUAUGCUUUAAGACUAGCAGCUGUUAACGAUAUCGGCGACAGCGACUAUUCAGAUUCAGUCAUUGUAAAUACUCUAGAAGAAGCUCCAUCAGAGCCUCCCAGAGGUGUAGAAGUCCUACCGGAUGCUCCCGGCGAGCUACUUAUUAAAUGGCAGGCUCCUAGCCAAGAGGCAUGGAAUGGCGAGCUCUUAGGGUAUGCGAUAUGGUGUCGGGGUGAAAACGCAUCUCUGUCUCUUUCUGUCGCUGGAUGGGCAGCUGCGAGUGUAAGGCUCGGAGCACUGAGACCGCACGCAAGAUAUGACGUCACAGUUAGAGCGUAUAACUCUGUUGGUGCUGGACCUGCAUCUACGCCUCAAGCCACAACAACCUUAGAGGAUGUUCCUGAUGCACCCCCUGAACAUGUACGCUGUGAGCCACUUUCAUCUCAAUCACUCCGUGUCUGGUGGGAACCACCGCCACUGGACAAACGGGGAGGAAUGCUCAUAGGAUAUGAGAUAUCUUAUAGGUCGGUAGAACGAGCAUCUGGCGUGUGGGAACGCCGGCGUGCUGGAAGUGGUGAGUCGCAGUUGUCCGGACUGCGAGCGGGAAACUACUCGGUGCGAAUUGCUGCUCGGUCCACUGCUGGCUUAGGAGUCCCAGCACAUAUAUACUGCGCUACGCUCGAUGAUAUUCCAGGCCCUCCUGCAGAUGUAAAGGUGUUUCCUAAUACAGAAGACUCGGUUAUAUUGAGCUGGUUACCGCCAAUGCAGAAAAACGGACAAAUACUUCAUUAUCGCGUUUAUACUCGUCCGCAAAGGAUAGGUCGUCAGAGUGAAGUGGUGACGAUAUCCAGCAGUCAGCAGGAUCAAGAGCAACAAUUGGUUGUUUCGGGACUGCAACAGCAAUUGUAUGAAUUGUGGGUGUCAGCCGCGACAGCCGCGGGGGAAGGCGACAUGAGCACCAUUGUUGCUGCUAAGCCUACCUCCAAAGCGGGGCUAAAGUGA